CAAAAGCUCCGUUAAACUUAACCUAGAAUUCUAAAAGUGAAGCAACCCCUUUCCCUAAUUUUCUCUCUUACAUCGUUCUCAGACAUCACCCUCCUCCAUUUUCUCCCUGAAAUAGAAUCACAAGCAACAUAUUCUUUCAUGGAAAAACAACACACUCACUUCUUAUCUCUCCCUGAAGAACAAUUCCAGCAGCUCCGAUUAAUAAAAAAAGGCACUCAUUAAAAAAGGUGCAAAAAGUACUCCUUUAUAAUUUUGGUCUUCAUGAUUUGAGAUAGUUUCCUUCUCCAAUCAAGAGCUUAGCAGAUAGAGAAGCGGCUCGUGAUGAAAAAUUUUCAGAAGCUCGAACUGAAAAUAUUUCCUUUGCAGUAGUAGAAAUAGAUCAAACUAGAGAGGAGAGUAAACUUAAUUACAGACGUAAUCUGCUCUCAUGCAACCAAGUGAAGCAAUAUCUGCUGAGCCUGUGCAUCACUUGGCGCGUCUCCUUUCAAACUGCAUCCGAACUAAUGAUCUCAAGCUUGGGAGACUCAUACACUCCCGACUGAUCAAGACAGCAUUAACCUUUAACACAUUCCUCGCCAACCGUCUGAUAUACAUGUACUCUAAAUGCUGUUCCAUAGAGUAUGCGCAACAGGCCUUUAAUGAACUGUCAGACAAGAACGCCCAAUCUUGGAACACAAUGCUGUCAGCUUACUCUCAAAAGGGUCUCUUUGAGAAAACCUUCCAGCUGCUCGAUGUAAUGCCUGAUCCAAAUGUUGUGAGCUAUAACUCAAUCAUUUCAAGCUUAACUCAUCACGGGUUCCCUAGAAAAGCUAUGACGUUUUUCAAAAGAAUGCAAACUCAAUGUGGGAAUGGGUUUUUGAUUGACGAGUUCACGGUUGUUAGCGUGGUAAAUACUUGUGCAGGUUUGGCUGCAUUGAACUUGUUGCAUGAAUUGCAUGGGUUAGCAACUGUGAUUGGUGUGAGGUUUAAUCUUGUGGUGUGCAAUGCACUUAUUGAUGCUUAUGGGAAAUGUGGCAAACCCGAGUACUCGUAUUCUAUUUUCUGUCAAAUGUGCGAGACUGAUGUAUUCUCGUGGACUUCGCUGUUGGUUGCUUAUAUACGUGCGUCUAGAAUGGCAGAUGCGUGCUCACUUUUUGAUCAUAUGCCGAUCAGAAAUGUGGUGGCUUGGACUGCUCUGAUCACAGGGUUUGCGCAAAAUGGAGAAGGAGAUAGGGCUUUGUGUACUUUCAAGGAAAUGCUGGAAGAAGGUAUUGUACCCCGUGCAUCCACUUACGUUGGUAUUCUAAGUGCUUGUGCAGACAUACCUCUUGUAGGAAAAGGGAAGCAAGUUCAUGGGCACAUUUUUAGAUGUACAUGUUUAAUUGAUUUGCAUAAUGUGUUUGUAGUUAAUGCUUUGGUUGACAUGUAUUGUAAAUGUGGAGACAUGAUAUCUGCUAUGAGAUUGUUUGAGAGGUUAGAUGGGAAGGAUCAAGUUACUUGGAACUCGAUAAUAAAUGGAUUUGCUCAAAAUGGGAAUGGAGUGAGGUCUUUGUUCAUGUUUGAGAAAAUGAUUGAAGCAGAUACAACACCAAAUCAUGUAACUUUUCUUGGGGUUUUAUCUGCCUGUAGCCACUGUGGUUUAUUAUCUGAAGGAUUCCAAUAUCUUCAUUCAAUGGAGAGGAAAUACGGUAUAGUACCCAACUUAGAUCACUACGCCAUCUUGAUUGAUUUACUUGGACGGAAGAAUAUGCUUGGAGAAGCUGCGGAUUUGAUCAAGGGACCUCCUUGGGGAAGAGACAAUAUUGGAAUGUGGGGCGCACUUUUGGGUGCUUGCAGGGUACAUGGGAACUUGAAGCUUGCUAGAAGGGCAGCAGAAGAUCUAUUUGAGCUAGAACCUGAUAAUGCUGCCAGGUAUAUUAUGUUAUCCAACAUCUAUGCCGCAGCAGGAAGGUGGGAUGAUGCCCGCAGUCUGCGAAGGUACAUGGAUGACAGAGGAUUGGUGAAAGAAGCAGCUUAUAGUUGGAUUGAGAUAAACAAUAUCAGACAUAAGUUUAUCACUAAAGACAAUUCCCACAGUCGGUUAGAAGAAAUAAAAGAGUUGCUUCUUAAACUCGUAGAUCCAAUGAAGGAUGCCGGAUACAUAUUUCAAAUUGAAUGCUCAUACUUUCUUGUAGAUGAUGCAUUAUCUUGACAUAAUUGAAAUAGGUUGUAACCAUGUAUAACAGUUUCUAAUUUAACAAUUAAUAUGAGCUCUGGUGGUUACCUGCAUUGCUGAAAAUUUGGGAAAGGAAAAGUAAGGGGGAAAUUUUGUUUUUCAAGAUAUUACUUCAUCACUUACACUAAAGAUUAGAAACAUGAUCAUAAGAUGUGAGGCACUGUAAUUCAAUCCUUGCUGCUUGAAGCUUCAGAGAUAUUAAUGGUACGAGCAGCAGAUAGAUCCAUCAUUAACGUGCCUGUACUCACCUCUUUGGUGCACAGUCGUUGCUAUCGAUGGCGGGUUACUGAAUAGGUAUUCCUUGAGUUAAGUGCAAAGUCCAGUCCGCUCAAAGUUCCUGCAGCAAUAUUAAGAAGCUGGGAUAGCCUAACAGGGCAAAUAUAAAUCAUGGGCUAGAAUAUUCAGAAGGUACGCCAUGGCACAGAGACAGCUCUGAGAAAAUAUCGCCUGCUAGGUUCUCCAUAAUGUGAGGAAAAAAGGUUUUUAGGGAUUUGAUAUGAGGAUCUUUUAAGGCAUAGGACCAUUUGCUGAAGGUGAGUAAUUAUAAUCAUGGUUGAAGAAAUUGAGGCAUCAAAAACCUAUCUUAUGUUCCCAGAAGCUGCCCUUGUGUUAUCCCCAGUCAAGCAUCAAUUUGAAGGGGAAAAAAAUCUAAAUGUCUGCAAUUCUUUAAUGUUGCUCCUCUCCUCCAUUGCUCUUCACCUCCUACAAAAUCUACAAUUCCGAUCUCUGAGAACUAGCAGUGGUUCAUGACAUGCUUGUUCCAUUUUAGUGGUUUUUAUCCAUAUCAUCAUUUAUGAUCCGAGUGUGAACCUUUGGCCAUUGACGCCGACCAUUUAAUCAAAUUGUCCGGGAGACUUCGCUCUAAUCAUAUACUUUAUUCUUAUUAUUACUGUAAUUCACUGUCAUGUCAUUUUUUUUUGUUUUCACAUCUUUGACACUUCAGAUUGAUAAUGUGUAGCUUCAGUAUUCAAAUUAGUGUUAUCUUCACAAGACACUCCAAUGGUUUAGGAAUUUGGUUUCUUUUGAUACGGUAGCUUGUGAAUUUUUUUGAGUAUUCAAGUCAAACUCCAAAGAACAAUUGGUAGAGUAGUUCACAACUAUUAUAAAUCUUGUAGAAGCCUUUAUACUACCUAUGUGGGACAUGAUAUAUCUCUAACAUAACCCUGCUCUUGGGUUAAAGGUGUACUCAUGUGUUUUUUUCUUCUUCUUUUUAUUGAUUUUUGUUGCUCACCUGCUUGAUUCUAAGGAAGCCUGGAGUGGCUCAGCAAGCUGAAGGUGUGAUGUUUGAAUCUCUCUUUUUUUUUUUUGCUAACUGUGGUGUCCGGAUCAGCUUGCGCGUACUUCGACUAAUUCCACGGGAUACCGUGUACCUCCCACCAGCAACAGGUACCAGGUAACUCUGUCCACCAAGGCUAGAACGGAUGGGAAGAAAUCACCUAGCGUUUUGUCUCUGCUAAGAAUGAACCUGAGACCUCAUGGUGCUCAACCCGCUUCAUUGACUCUACACAACCUUUUUUUUCUCCAACUCAUUCUAAUAAAUCUUAAUUUACUCAGUAGCUCCUAUUGGCUGGCUUGGAGAUCAUGUUUCCAAUAGAUGAACAAUAUUCUUUUUUAGUUUAUGGAGGUAUUCAUGGUAAAUUGUGUACGUAGUUAUUUUUCUUGUACUCUUCUUUUUCCUUAAAUUGUUUGAGUUGUUUGUUCUAAAGA